GUGUUUCUCGCACUCACUUCCGGCGUCGCCGGAAGCGCCGCCGUCGCCAUGGCGACAGCCCCGCCUCGGGCAGCGGCGGCGGCGGCGGGCAGGGCCCGAGGCCGCAGCGGGGACAGCGAGGGGACAACGAGGGGACAACGAGGCGACAGCGGCCGGAUUCCUCCCACGGGAUCUUCCCGGAUUCCCCGGCAGCGCGGGAUAAAAAAAACCGGGAAUCCCGGCAGAGGGGGAAGAAAAAACCCAAAAUAAACUGAAAAAAAAAAGCGGGAGAUGCUUCCCAAACUCCGCCCGGCUCCGGAUCCCGGGAAAACGCUGAGGGCAGAGGGAUAGGCCCCCGCCGGUUCUGUCCCUCUGCCCCGCUCCCGGCCGUCCUUCCCGAGGUUUUCCCGGUGUUCCCGGGGCCAUGGCGGAGCACCGGGAGCUGCUGGCGGAGAUGCCGGCGGUGUCGCGGCUCGGCACGGCCGAGCGGCUGCGGCACGCCCAGAGGCGCCGGGCCCAGCAGCUGAAGAGGUGGGCGCAGGCCGAGAGGGAAAUCCCGGGAAUUCCCGACGGGGACAGGAGGAGGAGGAGGAGGAGGAAGAGCGGCGGGAAGAGGGUGACGUUCCCGGCCAGCGUGCGGCUGCUGGAGGCGGCCGCCCGGCACGACGAGGAGGAAGUCCGGCAGUUCCUGGAGAGCGGGAUCAGCCCCGACCUGUGCAACGAGGACGGGCUGACGGCGCUGCACCAGUGCUGCAUCGACGCCUCUCUCCCUCUGGCCCGGCUGCUGCUGGACGCCGGCGCCGAUCCGGACGCGCGCGACGCCGAGCUCUGGACCCCCCUCCACGCCGCCGCCACCUGCGGCCACCUGGGCCUGGCGCAGCUGCUGAUCCAGCGCGGCGCCGACCUGCUGGCGGUGAAUUCCGACGGGAACAUGCCGUACGACCUGUGCGACGACGAGGCCACGCUGGACUGCCUGGAGAGCGCCAUGGCCCACAGAGGGAUCACCCAGGAGCGCAUCGAGGCCGCGCGGGCGGCGCCGGAGCGCGCCAUGCUCCAGGACAUCCGGGGACUCAUCCGGGACGGUGCCGACCUGGACGCGCCCGGGGGACACGGGGCCACCCUGCUGCACGUGGCCGCCGCCCGCGGGUUCCUGGCGGUGGCCGAGCUGCUGCUGGAGCACCGCGCCCGGCCGGACGCGCGCGACGCCGACGGCUGGCAGCCGCUGCACGCCGCCGCCUGCUGGAGACAGGUGGAGCUGGCGGAGCUGCUGGUGGCGCACGGCGCCGAGCUGGGCGCUCGCUCGCUGCAGGACGAGACGCCCCUGGACGUGUGCGGGGACGAGGAGGUGCGGGCGCGGCUGCGGGAGCUGCGGCACCGGCGCGCGGCCGCGCUCAGGGGACACGAGCGGCACCGGACGCCGCUGCAGAGGAGAACGUCCAGCGCCGGCAGCCGCGGGAAGGUGGUGCGCAGGGCCAGCCUGUCGGAGCGCUCCAGCCUGUACCGGCGGCAGCAGCAGCGCGAGGCCAUCGUGUGGCAGCGCGGGGGACACCAAGGGGACAGCGAGGACGAGGACAGGGGGACACCCGGGGACAGCCAGGGGACAGCCCGGGGGACGGCCGGGGACACCGAGGGGACGGCUGGGGACAUCGAGGGGACGGCCGGGGACACCGAGGGGACAGCAGGGGACACCGAGGAACGGACGGAGACGGAGAACAGGCAGCACGGCGGAGCCGGGGACCCCUCCCCCCCCUCGGACCCUCACCCCAACGGCUCCGCGCUGUCCCCAAUGUCCCCAAUGGUGUCCCCAAUGUCCCCAGCAGUGUCCCCUCCCCGCUGUCCCCCCGCGGGUGACAAAAGCCACCCCCUCACCCUGGCGCACCUCAAGCGACACCGCGCGGCCGCCAACGCCCACCCCAGGAGAGACCCCGGGACCGCCCUCGGGGACAGCGGGGACACCCCUGGUGACACCCCUGGGGACAUUGGGGACAUUGGGGACACCCUUGGGGACAUCGCGGACCCGCCCCGGCUCCGCCUCACGGCGCCGGCCGAGGACGCGCAUGCGCAGAGGCAGCGCUGCUGCCGCCUCAUGUGACGCAAUUUCGGCUUUUUUUUUUCGGAAUUCCCAAAUUUUUUUGGGAUUCCCAAAAUUUUUUUUGGGUUUCCAAAAUUUUUUGGGGAUUCCCAGAAUUUAUUGGGGUUUUUCGGGGUCUCUUUUUUGGGGUUUUU